UUGCCUGGAUGUUCCUAGUAUGCCUAGUAACACCUUGAUUAGCUGGUUCAGGCGUGUUUGAUUAGAGUUGGAGCUAAACUCUGCAGGAGUUAUAUAUGUAAUUGUUAUCAUUUAUUUAUAUAUGGGUUAAAGCCAUUCUUUUCAGGUUCAGAAAAGACCCGGGAUAAAAUGUUUACUUUUUUGGACUUAAUCUACAGGAUAUACCAGCAGUUUGAGCAUCCCAACACUGUUUGACCAAACAAUGGAAAACAGGUUAAUUUUCAGGAAAUACCAGGGGAAAGGAUGGCAUCCAUCCGAUUCUAUGGCUGGAGGGCAUUUUAUGAUGAAGAUCGUCAUCUUCGGGCCAACCAGGCCCCCAAAUCAGGCAGACUCUAUACCAUGUAUCAUGGCACCUCUGUGCAAAUAUCUCGUCAGAUCAUAACAAAUGGCUUCCAGCAAUCAGCAGAUGGAAUGCUGGGACCUGGAGUUUAUGUGAGCCGUGACCAGAAGAAAGCAGAGCGCUAUCCUCUGAAAUCCCUACCUACUGACAGAGUUGUGCUUAAAUUAAGCGUUGACUUUGGAAAAGUCAAAAGAAUUGAUAAGGACAACCAUCCUCUACAGAAGGAGUGGCAUGCUCACGGAUAUGACACUGCCUGGGUACCUCCUAACUGUGGCAUGAAAGCUGUGCCUAGUGGUCUAGAGGAGGACUGCGUCUACGACCCAAAACGUAUCGAGGUCACAGAUAUUGCUCUUGCACCCGACACGACCAUCUUAAAUGAACUCAAACAGCUCAUUGCUCAAAACAAUAAAGGGCCAUCAAACAACUUAGGUACUUGUACAGUGUGCAAGUUGAAACUAGGGCUUGCUCAUACUGUACAGCCAUGCUGGGGGUGUGGAAAGACGAUCUGUGCUCUCCUGCCCAAACACAAGUGCACUCGUUAAGAGUUCAGAAACUUCUCAGGAAAUCAGGAGAGAUGCAUGAUUCAGGACGCUCUUUACGCAGUUGGACCGGUUUGUUGACGUGUCAAUACAUGAUGUUUGAGGUUAGGGCUAGUAAUUAAGAUUGCUUUCUUUCCUCAUAGUUCUCUGUCACACAUUUAUCUUUGACAAUUAUGCUUUGACAUAUUCUUUCUCCUGCUGAUAUGUGCCACCAUAUUUGGUGUUAUAUUUAAAAUCAAAACGUAUAUGAUUGCAUGACUGUUUUCCAAGAUAUUUUUACGAUCAAUCAUGUUUGUUUUAAGCAUUCAGUAAUGCAGACAAUAAAAAGAGCCUACCUCUCAA